AUGGAAAGGUCUUAUGGUAUUGACGAUUAUCAACCAUCAAGAGGAAACGGUUUAGGUUUUGGCCUAGAACCGUCAACAUUUAUAUCGGUACUGGCAUUCCUGGCGUUCCUGCUACAUGCACUAUUAAUACUACUUAUACCGACCCUGAAGUCAUUUUUCACCGGGCCCUUUUUCGGCCACGGGUAUGCCAACGGCAUUGGCUACAGCAAUGGAUUCGGUGGUGGUGGAGGAUUCGGAGGCGGUCCCGGAUUCGGUGGAAUGGGCUAUGGAGGUCUGCAGAACGGAGGCUACGGGACCGGAGGUGGUUUCGGUUACGGAGCCGUUCCGUCCAUAUUGGGUGGCGUCAACGGCAUAUUGGGUACAGGGCUUUUGGGCACGACGGGGUUAUUGGGCACGGGACUGUCUGGACUGUUUGGUCCAGGGGUUGGAGGCUUAGGGGCGGCUGCACCAGCGGCUGCGGCGGCGGGCACGCCGAUUACCCGUGGUGCGAGCAGGAGUAGAUCAGUCGACGGUAAAAACCGAACGUGGGUUUCCGAAGACGAAACGCAAGUAAAACCUACAGCUAAAGUAGACGGGUCAACAGGACGAAAUAUAAAUGCAAACAGAUUGCUGAGUAAAUGCAAUUUUUACUUUUGUUUACUUGGCAAAACGAAAAUUGAUCAUAUGUUAGUGUUACGAGAACGUAAAUAA